AUGGUGGCGUGGCAGCAGAGCAGGAAGCAGUGGGCCUGGGCUCGCUGCGCGCAGUGCAGCAACUGGGCGUACGACUGGAAGAUCGUGCAGCAUUCUGGGUGCUGCAGGAAGUGCGAUGCCCCGAUCGAGCGUGGUGGCAAUUGCAGAGCUGGGGUGGAGGCGCAGCUGGCGGUCAACAAGAUCAGUCGCGCCCAGGGUAAGCUCGACGGCAUCGCGAAGAGGUGGAAUGAGGCGCAGAAGCUCGUACAGAGGCACCAGGGGCAGAUGGACCAGGCGGCGGUGGAGGCCCACGAGGUCCAGGUGGAGCACACGCCGCCCCUCCAGGACUACACGCACGAACGCGGGCAGGAAGGCGAGAACGCUGCAGAGGAGCACACCCUCGAGGAGCAGGAGCAGAAGCUCGCCAAGUUCCCGCGACGACGCCAGGGCCAUGCAGGAGCUGUUUCGGAGAUGCAGGAGAUGGUGGAGGAGGCCAAGGCCCUUAGGAGGGUCGAUGCUGAGAAGAGGCGCAAGGUUGGCGAGGAGGGCCAGCCCGCGCCGUCGCCGACCGAACCUGACGGCCCUCCCCCG